AUGCGGCCCUCACAAUUUCGUCAACCGUCUAUCGUGGUCUAUUGGUUCAGCCUCAAAUCGUCCCAGGGCCGCUAUGGUGUCAUUGCACCAAACACAAUGAGACCAGUACCAGGAACCACAGCAGAAGGUCAGGUAGAUACUCUGCUGCCCUCAUCCUGCAGUUUGUUUCAAGAGCCUUGCACUCAUACCUGGUGUCUGGCCAAGCCAAAUUGGUGUUUGCUGAUCGGCGCAAGAUUCAAUGAGAUACAGGAACUGCGGUGGUAUCUGCGCCAUUGUCGUCAGUCUGCAUCUCGCGUGCUGUGUUUGUAG